AUGUCCAAGAAAACAAAAGAAUGGCUUGAACAGAGCAUUAGAGACAAGACAGAAUUGCUAAAAGAAAUAGAAGAAAACAUUGAAUUAGAAGCAGAUGAGAGUAAAAGGAUGAAGAUGUAUGAAACGAAGGAAACAUUGGAAAGAACCCUUGAAAAAAACAAAUUGAAGUUAAAAAAUAAGGCAAUUGAGAAAACAGAUAUUUAUAAACAUAAGGCAUUUGAAAUAGUGGCAGAAGAAAACAAAUGGAUCAGAAUAGAUGAACACAUUUCAGCAACAUGCAUCAUAGAUAACUGGCUUAUUGUGGGAACAAAGAGGAAUGAUGAUAUGAAUGAUGCAUUGGAAUUCAAAGAAUGCAAAAGUAUUCUGUAUUUGUUCGAUAUGAACAAGAUAGGGAAUAAAAAGAAUUGCAAUAAGAUAGAAACAAUGAAUGGGGAUAUAAUCAAAAUCAGGGAAUCAAACAAUAGAUUGUUUAUUCUAUUUGGAAAUGGAUCAAUAUUUAAAGCAGAGAUCCAAGACAAAAGAAUAAAACUACACAAAAAGUUGGAACUGGAGAAGCAAAUUGACUUUGAUGUGGAUGAGAAGAUUAUGAUUUCUACUGAUGCAAGGAAUAUCUAUAAGAUGGAUUUAUCAGAUGAAUUGAUGACAAAAACGACUGCGACUGUCUUCAUGAGAGAUGUACUACUAGAUAAAAUAGGCGAUGCCUAUUCUGUUGAUUUUGAAGGACGUUUGUACAAAAUAAGCAGCAAAAUGAAUCAGGUUCCACUAUCAGAAUACAAUUUAGCCAAUUUCGGUGUGAAAUACUAUUCGAAUGAACAUGUAUUCAUUUCAGAAAAAAGGAACCUGCCAGAACCAGAUGUGUUGAAGAUAGACAGAAGCAGUAAGAUAAUUGCAAUUGAAUAUUUUGCAUUGACAGGUGCAGAAGUAUACGCAUUGGUAUUCGGAGUAAAAGGUGUUGAAAAGAUAAAAUACUGCAAAAUAAGAAACGGUGAUAACAGUAGAUGCCAUAUAGUGGAAUUAUUCAAAAGAGAUGGUGAAAUUAUUGCAGCCCUCAAUAACGGAAUAAUUUGUAAAUUGGAAUAA